AUGACUGCUGAGAAGACUAACUGCACCGACCUUGUGCCCUGCUCCUCCUCCUCCUCCGCUGUCUAUCCAUCACGCAGUCCCUGCCCGUCUGUUGUCGCCUUGGGAGCGGGCACUCAACGGCCCCAGCGAAGCGUCGCCUUUGUCCUGCACGAUACGCAACGCAGUGACUCGACCUCCUCUAACAGUCUACACAGCACCCGGUCCACCACAGGUAGAGUGGGCAUUAGUCCUGAUACAAGCGACACCAACAGCGGUGGAGGCAAUUAUUUUAAGUUUUUCCUCCAUCGUCGUCGUAGGAACGUCUCCUCAGGUAGUGGAACAUCCGCAGCGGGUGAAUCCACGUCUUCCAUGCCGGUUCUUGCACCGGCGACUUCAGUACGGACCUCAAGCGAAACACAGCAAUCGGAGAGCUCAACUUCUGCAGCCUCCACUCCCUCCAAGGCUAUACUGCCCUGGACUCCGGCAAAAACUGCCGUUUGA